CCCCGGAUGGAGGCCGCCGCCAUUUAGACAGCCCGCAGCGCCAGGCGCCCGGCCGGUGAGGCGUGUGUGCGCGUGCCGGGUGGUUGUUACUGCCGCCAUCCUCAUCAUGAGGCGCCUGUCGCAGCUGCUGUUGCUGGCUCUCCUCGCCUUCCCCGCCGCUCUGCUGCUCGGGGGCGCCCGCGGCGGCCCAGGUUUAUUAGUUGCAGCUCAAGAUGCUACAGAAGAUGAGGAAGCUGUGGAAGAUACUGUAGUUGAAGAUGAAGAUGACGAAGCUGAAGUUGAAGAAGAUGAGCCAACAGACUUGACAGAAGAAAAAGAGGAAGAAGACUUGUCAGGAGAACCUAAAGCCUCACCUAGUGCCGAUACAACCAUUUUAUUUGUGAAAGGUGAAGACUUCCCAGCAAACAACAUCGUAAAAUUCCUGGUGGGCUUCACCAAUAAGGGUACAGAGGAUUUCAUUGUCGAGUCUCUCGAUGCUUCUUUCCGGUAUCCUCAAGACUACCAGUUUUAUAUCCAGAACUUCACAGCUCUCCCUCUGAAUACAGUAGUUCCACCACAGAGACAAGCCACAUUUGAGUACUCUUUCAUCCCUGCUGAGCCUAUGGGUGGUCGUCCUUUUGGACUAGUUAUCAAUCUCAACUACAGAGAUGUAAAUGGCAAUGUGUUUCAAGAUGCUGUCUUCAAUCAAACUGUUACAAUUAUUGAAAAAGAAGAUGGGCUGGAUGGAGAAACGAUCUUCAUGUACAUGUUCCUCGCUGGACUUGGUCUACUUGUCAUUGUUGGCCUACAUCAGUUACUAGAAUCUAGGAAGAGGAAAAGACCAGUACAGAAAGUAGAGAUGGGAACAUCAAAUCAGAAUGAUGUUGAUAUGAGCUGGAUUCCCCAAGAAACUUUAAAUCAAAUAAUGCAGAGUAGAAGAGAUAAAGCUUCACCAAGGAGGUUGCCCUACAAGAGGGCACAGAAGAGAUCAGUGGGCUCUGAUGAGUAAAUGUUAACUAGUACAACAGUUGAACCUUUACUAAUCCUGCCUGGUUUGGUUUUUUGGAUUGGAGUAGUGCAGAGAAUCCAUAUCACCAUAAGGAAAAUACUGCUAAACAUUUGGACUGAACAGAUUAACUGAAUGGUGUUAAUAUUACUGAAAAUGCACUUCUCUUUUUUUUUUUGUUAAUUGUUGGGGGGUGGGGGGGAGGUAGCCAUUAAGAUUUGUGCCUGUGUGUGUAAGCAGUUGGUCUUAACAGAACCAUCUUACCUGAAAUGUGCCUUUAGAGUUCUUUGUAAUGCUGGCUUGUCAUCUGUACACUGUCUUUGAAGGAUUUUUCUCCUCCCCAUAAUCUGAAUGUCCAGUGACUUAAUCUGUCUUGAUUGUGUCAUGUCUGUAUUGGAAUCUGUAUGCAUUUUUCUUUUUCAGUAAGUAACUUCAUUCUCUACAGUGUGCACACACUGAAGUUUGUGUGCGUGGUCCUAUUUCAGUGGCAAGGCACUGAUCAUCUAGAUUUCUGCAUAGUUUGCAUUCUAAAGGCACAAUUGGGUAUAGCUGCUUGUAGUGGUAGAUAUUUUACUGCUGUUUUGAUCUGGCUGGGCAUGCAGUGACCUAAAAAUCUGAAUUUAUCUGCAUAGAUGUUAGGAAGACUCUUACACAGCAGCAGAACUUGUGAAGCAUGGAAUUUGUGUGCUGAAUUGGUAUUACUACAUAAAUUUUUUUUAUACCCAA